GCCUCAUUGUGUGGGUGAAAGAAAGGCCUGGACUCUCUCUUUCUCCUCCCUGCCUUUCUUCGGUGAUUCUACGGACGUCGUCGAGCGGAGGACGGAAUCCCCCGCCUCCGUCUACCUUUGCCGGUCUCCACCCAAACCCGUCCGAAAACCGCCGCGACCAAUCCGCGACGUCCUCCUCCAUAAUCACCAACGUGUAAUUCCCCAGAUUCCUCACUCCUCCCCGCACCCUCCGGGGGGUUCUACCCGCCGGAACCCGACCACCUGCCGGAUGGCAGUCGCUCACUCCGACGUGUCUUCAGUGCAUAAUUCGAUUUCUUGCUGCCCUUUAGGACUUUAGGAUAUCAUAUCGGAGAGCGAGUUUCAUUUACUAAUUCAUUCUACAGAAUUCUCUACUUGGAAAGGGAUUCAUGUGUAAAUGGCAUUCUAUAGAAAAUAUACUAAUGGAAGGGAGUCCACUCGCCAAUUACUGGAAGAAAAAGAGCUUGAUCUUAAUAGGGAGAGCAAUGAAGAUUUCCCUGGCCAUUCAGGUAAUGAUGAAACAGGUGCAAGCUCCAGUGAAAAGGAUGCUGAUGGAAAGGCAGAUGAUGAAUACCAAAGUGAGGAAGACGUGCUUGAAGCAGCUAGACCCGAAAAUGGUUUUGUGAAGAAUGAAUUUGGUGGGACACAAAACUCUCAGCCACUAGGACGCAAAACAGCUUUAGUUGGAACGUGGGGUUCUUCUCUCUGGAAGGACUUUCAAGCUCCUUUGUCUCGGGAAGGAUCUGAAGCUGGAAGAGAUUCGAAGUAUGUGGACUCCAGUUAUAAGGCUGAAGAUGGUUUUGAAAACAAUAUUUCUGAUGGGACAUCAGACCAUCUAGACAUGGAAGAUUUUGAUACGUCUAAAGAUCAGGAAGAUUCUCAAAAAGGUCCUGUCGACAUACCUGCAGACGAGAUGUCCUCUGAUGAUUACUAUGAGCAGGAUGGGGAAGAACAGAGUGAGCAAUUUCACUAUAGGGGAACGUGUGAUGCAUCUAAGACUGGGUCCUUGGCAAAAUCUGUUACCAUAAAAAAGAGGGCUUCAAGAAGUUCAGUCGCUACAGAUUCUGACUAUGGGGAUGAUGACUACGAUGAGGAUGAUGAUUGUAAUGAAGAAGAUGGUGAUGACCCUGAGGAUGCUGAUUUUGAUCCUAAUUAUGAUGGUGAUCAAGGCGGUGGCACUAGGCAGGAGUUAUCAAGUGAUGAUUUUGAUGAAGGAGAGGAAAAGGAUGGUGAUUUUGAUAUGUUAGAGGAGAUUGAUGAGGAAGCGUUUGAAUUUGGCAGUAACAAGAAAAGAAAAAGGAAAACAAAAUCGAAGUCCUCUAAAGGAGCCAAACCUUUUCCAGUGGCUGCUCGACAGAAAAGGAGGGCAGCAUAUUCAGAAGAGGAAGACUCAUCAGCAGAAGAUUCAGAAGAGGACAGUGAUGAAGACUUUGACCUUGGGAACAGGCAGGCAUCUCAUCUUCGUAAGAAGAAUGGGAACUGUUCCACUGUACCUGAAAAUAGCUUAGCACAUUGUAGGGAGUUGAGGACUUCUAGGAGGCCAGUGCGUAAGGUUUCCUAUGCUGAAAGUGAAGAAAGUGAAGACACAAAUGAAGACAAAGUGAAGAAAUCUCAGAAGGUUUCACCAGAGGAUGCUGAAGAAGAAGAAGAUGGUGAUGCAAUUGAGAAGGUUUUAUGGCACCAAGCGAAAGGUGUGGCACAUGAUGCAUUGGCAAAUGGUAGAUCAUCACUGCCAGUUGUGUCUAACUUUUUGUUAGACUCUGAAUUGGAUUGGGAGAAUGUGGAAUUCUUCAUAAAAUGGAAAGGCCAGUCCUAUAUGCAUUGUCAGUGGCAACCACUUUCUGAACUUCAAAAUCUUAGUGGCUUCAAGAAGGUCUUAAAUUAUAUGAAGAGAGUGAAAGAGGAAAGAAACUUUAGAAAGGCAUUAUCACGUGAAGAGGUUGAGGUUCAUGAUGUUAACAAGGAAAUGGAGUUGGACCUUCUAAAGCAGUAUAGCCAGGUAGAAAGAAUAUUUGCAGAUAGGACCUCAAGAGGUGGUUCUGAUGAAGAGGCACAGGAAUAUUUAGUCAAAUGGCAGGGACUGCCUUAUUCUGAAGCAACUUGGGAGAAAGAUACUGAAAUUGCUUUUGCUCAAGAUGCCAUUGACGAGUACAAGGCUCGCGAAGCAGCAAUGACAGUUGUUGGGAAAACUGUGGAUUCACAGAGGAAAAAAAGCAGAGCCAGCUUACGCAAACUUGAUCAGCAGCCUGAUUGGUUGAGAGGAGGUAAACUUCGUGACUACCAGCUUGAAGGCUUGAAUUUUCUGGUCAACAGCUGGAGAAAUGAUACAAAUGUCAUUUUAGCUGAUGAAAUGGGUCUGGGUAAGACUGUUCAAUCUGUUUCAAUGCUUGGUUUUCUACAGUACACACAACAAAUACAUGGGCCAUUUCUUGUAGUAGUCCCAUUAUCAACUAUAACAAACUGGGCUAGAGAGUUCCGGAGGUGGCUUCCUGAUAUGAAUGUAGUCAUGUAUGUUGGAAACCGCGCUAGUCGAGAAACCUGUCAGCAGUACGAGUUCUAUACAGAUAAGAAAAGUGGUCGAAACAUUAAAUUCAAUGCUUUAUUGACCACAUAUGAGGUGGUAUUGAAAGAUAAGGCUGUGUUCUCCAAGAUCAAGUGGAAUUAUCUUAUGGUGGAUGAGGCUCAUAGGCUGAAAAAUAGUGAAGCUUCACUAUAUACAACUCUUUCAGAAUUGAGCACCAAGAAUAAGCUGCUUAUCACAGGUACACCAUUGCAGAACAGUGUGGAGGAGUUAUGGGCACUACUACAUUUUCUGGAGCCUGAGAAGUUUAAGAACAAGGAAAUGUUUGUUGAAAGAUACAAAAAUCUGAGCUCGUUUGAUGAGAUUGAGCUCGCCAGUCUUCAUAAAGAGUUGCGGCCUCACCUUCUUCGAAGAGUUAUCAAAGAUGUUGAGAAGUCACUGCCUCCAAAGAUUGAGCGGAUACUUCGAGUUGAAAUGACUCCUCUUCAGAAGCAAUACUACAAGUGGAUUUUAGAGAGGAACUUUCAUGAUUUAAACAAAGGAGUGCGUGGUAAUCAGGUUUCUUUGCUUAAUAUUGUUGUGGAGUUGAAGAAGUGCUGCAACCACCCAUUUCUGUUUGAAAGUGCAGAUCAUGGCUACGGUGGGGAUGGAAACCUCAAUGACAGUUGUAAAGUUCAAAGGAUCAUUAUGAGUAGCGGGAAGCUUGUUAUACUCGACAAACUUCUGAUUAGGUUACGUGAGACGAAACAUCGCGUUUUGAUUUUUUCGCAGAUGGUUAGAAUGUUGGAUAUACUUGCGGAAUAUUUGUCAUUGAGAGGGUUCCAGUUUCAAAGGCUUGAUGGUAGUACAAGGGCUGACCUUCGCCACCAGGCCAUGGAUCAUUUUAAUGCACCUGGGAGUGAGGAUUUUUGUUUUCUUCUAUCAACACGUGCUGGUGGAUUAGGAAUCAAUCUUGCCACAGCAGAUACUGUUAUAAUCUUUGAUUCAGAUUGGAACCCACAAAAUGAUUUACAGGCAAUGAGUAGGGCUCAUAGGAUUGGCCAGCAAGAAGUUGUUAACAUAUACCGGUUCGUCACAAGCAAAAGUGUUGAAGAAGAUAUCCUGGAACGUGCUAAGAAGAAGAUGGUUCUUGAUCACCUGGUUAUUCAAAAACUCAAUACGGAAGGCAGACUUGAAAAGAAAGAAGCAAAGAAGGGCAGUUCAAUGUUUGACAAGAAUGAGCUGUCAGCAAUUCUGAGGUUUGGUGCUGAGGAACUAUUCAAGGAAGACAGAAAUGAUGAGGAGAACAAAAGGAAUCUUGAGAAUAUGGAUAUUGAUGAGAUCCUGGAAAGGGCAGAGAAAGUGGAGUCUAAAGAAAGUGAAGGGCAGGAAGGCGCUGAAUUGCUAAAUGCUUUUAAGGUUGCCAAUUUCUGUAAUGCUGAAGAUGAUGUGACAUUUUGGAGUCGAUUGAUCCAGCCAGAGGCAGUGACUCAAGCUGAAGACGCAUUGGCUCCCCGUGCUGCGAGAAGUAAUAAAAGCUAUGUUGAAGCCGAGCAGGCUGAGAGGACUGUUAAAAGGAAAAAACGUGGCUCUGAUUUAAAUGAAAAAUUGCCAAGACGGAAUACCAGGGCUUCAGAUGCUUCAACUCAGUUUCCAGCAAUUGAGGGGGCAGCUGCUCAUGUUAGGGACUGGUUUGGUGGCAAUAUCUCCAAGAAGGAUGCUAAUGCUUUCGUCCGUGCGGUCAAAAAGUUUGGAGAUGCAAGUCGUAUCGAUUCUAUAGUGGCUGAAGUUGGUGGAGGUAUUGAAUCUGCUUCACCUGAUGCUCAGAUAGGACUUUUUGAGUUGUUGAUGGAUGGUUGUAAAGAAGUAUCAAGAGGAAAGAAUGAAAUCAAGGGGAUGCUAUUGGAUUUUUUUGGUGUUCCUGUGAAAGCUCAAGAGUUGCUUGAUCGUGUGCAAGAACUUCAGUUACUUGCAAAGCGUAUAAAGAGGUAUCAAGAUCCAUUUGCACAAUUCCGUCUGAAAACACAUCCUCGAGACCCAGCAUGGUCAAAAUCUUGUGGCUGGAAUCAAGUUGAUGAUGCUAGGCUGCUUUUGGGAAUACAUAUUCAUGGAUAUGGUAACUGGGAAAAGAUAAGACUUGAUUCAAGGCUUGGUCUAACAAGUAAGAUAGCUCCAGCAGGACUUACUGCUUCUGCAACAUUACUUCCUCGUCCACCCAGCUUGGAUGCACGUGCCUCUGCACUCCUACGGAAGGAAUUUGAAAUCGUUAGUGGCAAGAACUUAAAGAUGGAUUUGACCAGCAAGUCUUCAAAAGGAGAGAAGGCAAGCCUUCUUAAUGUAAGCUUCCUUGGGGUAAAGGGAAAGUCUGGUGCUGUUAAGACCAAGACUCACAAAGAUAAUAAAGCUGAACCUAGGGUGAAAGAGGAAGGAGAAAUUUCUGAAUCUGAGGACCUGGAAAGGUAUCGCCGGUACAAGGAAAAGAUUGAUCAAGAAACAAAAGAAGAAAAGUGGAGAGAAUGGUGUGCUGAUGUCAUGUCGGAUGAAUUGCGUACACUCAGACGCUUACAAAAGUUGCAGACUACCAGUGAGAAUCUUCCGAAAGCAGAGGUGCUCUCCAAAGUUAGGAAGUAUUUACAAGUUCUUGGCCAUAAAAUUGACCUCAUUGUGCAGGAGCAUGCAAAAUCACAUAAAAAUUAUACCAGAAUGUCCACACGCCUCUGGAACUAUGUUGCUGGAUUCUCGAAUUUGCCAGGGGACCGUCUUUCUCAGAUAUAUUCAAAACUAAAGCAAGAGAGACCAUCUGAAGCCAUGGUUCCUUCUCAACAUUUUGGUGGCUCUGCCCCAGGUCCUAGUGGCAGAGAUGAUGCUGGCAUGUGCACACCUUUUAUCGACAGAGCGUACCAGAAAUCCAUGGGAUUCACGGGAAAUGCUUUCCACAGGGAUCAGGAGACGGGCAAAUCAGAAGCAUGGAAGCGGCGGAGGAGAAAUGACUUUCAGCCAGAUUUCCAAUAUGCAGCAUAUAGGCAGCCAUUUAACAACCCUAAUAGAUUAAGUGAUCCAAGUGCGGCAGGCAUUUUGGGUUCUGCACCAGGUGAUAUUAGGCGCUUUGCCAAUGAGAGAUGGAAGAAGCCUCAGCAGCAGCACCCACCAAUGGGAAACGAGCAAGAGUUCCAAUAAUACUAUAGCAGCAAUGGUAAAUCAGGAGAUCUUCAGGUCCUGUCACCAUUGUUACAAGCCGCUAAUUUUUUUGGAUUACCAAAGCAAUAAACUCGCAAUACGCCAGAGGAAUUGCUGGCAAUCAGUUAAACCAUCUGUCACAGUUGCUUGAAGUGGAGAGCACAGAAGUGAAAUAGUGAACCUGGUAAGGAGCUACAGGAGGCCACUGUUUAUUAUGGAGCAGGAAGACCAGGAUUCUUGAUGGUGGUGGCAGGUGCAGCAUAUGAUAUCCUCUGGAGUUUUUUUGCCUUCGGAGAAUUGAGAGUUCUCAGCAUGGCUUGCACAUUUUUCCAUCGCACCAUGUACAUUAUGCAGCUAAAUUGCAGGAACAGACUGAAAGGCACAAACCUGUAUAAGAGCAUAUCCCGUUUUGUAUGUUGCACUAUGAUAUGCGCGAUCGGCAAAAAAUUUUGCUGAUUUUUAACCCCAGAAAUUUUCCAUUUUUAUUAUUUCCAUCUUCAUGACAGCGGUCUAUUGUAAAUCAUAAUAUGAGCUGUUCAUUCAUUGUCAUCGUUUGUUAGCCAUGGGGAUUUUACAGUACAUAUGUUUAGUUGAUGAAAAAUAAAAUUCGUAUCCGUCUUACCAUGGA